AUGGAAUGGAAUGAAUUUCCUAAGUCAGUUGUACAUUUUUACGUACAGUUAUAUUCUAAAAAAAAACUGAAAGCUAAUGAUAUAAAGAUAAUAAAUAAGAAAGAUCUUAUAGCUGAAGCCACUAAAUCGUGGACAAAUUUAAACGAGCGACGGAAACAAAUCAUUAAAACUAAGUAUAACUGCCAUCGUCUAAAAUUACGAAAACAAUAUGCCAAUAAACUCGCAGGUCCCUUAUCAAAGGGCAGGUCACCAAAAGAAGCAGAUAUCAAAACAACUUCUUACCUUGAUGGAAAUGGCUCCGAUGUUUGUAAAGAAGCAUCUCAAAAUACCUCAAGACCAAAUGAUAGCAUAGGGAACAACCUGUUGGCUAGAAAUGAUGUUCUUGAUGUAUCUCUACAACAAAGUAAUGAAUUUAGAGUAAUAAGUCCUACUAAUGGAAGUAUGAAAGUAGACACCGAGGACUGCAUAUUGGAUCCUCCAGUAAAUACAUUGCAGCUCCAAAUUAAAUAUCCUGCACUUUUACUAGAACCAACUCCACCAAAAUUUCGGUCUAAUAAAGAUUUUUACUAUUUAAUAAAUGCAGAAAGUAAAGAUGUUCCUAAAUGGGAAGAUAUUACAAGAGGUGAAAAGGGUCAUUACGAAAGAGCAGCUACACAUAUAAGAAGAAAUUACCUCACAUCUUACACAAAUUUUCUAGAAAGUUUAACACUAACUGAACUUUCUGCUUACUACACAAAUGUCACUAAUAAUAACUAA